AAAACGGCGUCGUAGGGUUCAUCUCUUUCUUAUUUGUUCGCUGACUUUCUUUUGACUGUGUUUUGUGAAUUUUGCUCCUGAGCCCACGAAAACUGAGAGAGAAAGGUUAAAGCGAUUCAGAGCGGAAAGAAAGUAAGCCAAGUGGGAAGAACUUGAUCCCGCUACCCUUUUCAGAGAGGGAGUGAGAAUAGAGAGCGAAAGUAAGUUUCGUGUUUCAAGAUCGAUCGUGGCUGAGCGUUGAAUUGAGGUGGUUCUGAGUGUUUUGGAUUUGUCUCUCCUGCAAUUCAGACUCCGGAUGGCGAGUCCGCAGUCAGGACGGGCUGGAUAUGCUUUGAGUUCCGGCAAGAGUUUGUCCUUGACGCCUGGGUCUAGGGUUUUGCAAACCCCACUUGCUGACGAAGUUAUCUGGAGGCGUCUCAAAGAAGCUGGCUUCGACGAGGAAUCAAUUAAACGCAGGGAUAAAGCUGCGCUUAUUGCAUAUAUCGCUAAGCUCGAAGCUGAGAUCUUUGACCAUCAACACCAUAUGGGCCUUCUCAUAUUAGAAAGGAAGGAAUUGGCUUCAGAUUAUGAGCAAAUUAAAAGUAAAGCUGAGACAGCUGAAUUGCUGUACAGGCGUGACCAAGCUGCCCACUUAUCAGCUUUAACUGAAGCCAAGAAACGGGAGGACAGUUUUAAGAAGGCUAUUGGAAUCAAGGAAGAGUGUAUUGCAAGUCUUGAGAAGGCUUUGCACGAAAUGCGUCUAGAAUCUGCUGAAACCAAGGUUGCGGCUGAGAGUAGAUUAGCGGAAGCUCGCAUUACAUUGGAGGAUGCUCAGAAGAAAUUUAGUAUGGCUGAAGCCAAGCUACGUGCGGCAGAAUCUUUACAAGCAGAAGCUGACCGGUGUAAUCGUGCUGCAGAAAGAAAGCUCCAGGAAGUUGAGGCACGGGAAGAUGAUCUAAGGAGGCGUAUGACAUGUUUCAAGUCUGACUGUGAUAAGAAAGGGGAAGAGAUUGUGCUUGAGAGGCAAUCUUUAAGUGAAAGACAGAAAGCAUUACAACAGGAACAUGAGAGAUUGCUUGAUGGACAAGCUUUGCUUAAUCAGCGGGAGGAAUAUGUGUUAAGUAAGACUCAAGAGCUAAGUCGAUUGGAAAAGGAGUUAGAGGACUCAAGAGCUAAUAUUGAGGAUGAGCGCAGAUCAAUUCAUAAUGAGAAGUCCAAGUUGCAACUCACUGAAGCGGCUUUAUCAAAGAGAGAGGAGGCUGUCAGUAGAAUGGAAGUUUUGCUGAACAAGAGAGAGCAAGAGCUACUUGUUUUACAGGAAAAAAUUGCGACAAAAGAAUCUAAUGAAAUUCAGAAAGUUGUUGCAAACCAUGAAAGUACUUUGAGAACGAAGAUAUCUGACUUUGAUGCUGAGCUGCAAGUAAAGCAGAAAGCAGUUGAAGAUGAAAUUGAAGGCAGGAGACGUGCCUGGGAGUUGAGAGAGAUGGACCUUAAACAACGGGAGGAACAACUCUUGGAAGCGGAACUUGACUUGGAGACUCAAUCUAGGUCAUUGGCAACAAAGGAGAAGGAGGUAGAAGAAUUAUCCAAGUUUCUUGAUGAGAAAGAGAAGAACUUAAGUGCUGCUGCGCAGGAGCUUGAACUUAAUAAAGCACUCCUGCACAAAGAGAAAGAUGAGUGCUCUAAAAUGAAGCUAGAGCUUCAGCAAUCCCUUAAUUACCUAGAAGACAGAAGGAAACAAGUCGACUGUGCAAAGGACAAGCUUGAAGCCAUUAGGAGUGAAACAAAUGAAUUAUCCCUGCUAGAGAUGAAGCUUAAAGAAGAGCUUGAUUCAGUUCGAGUUCAGAAACUGGAAUUGAUGGAUGAGGCAGAUAAAUUGAUGGUUGAGAAGGCCAAAUUUGAAGCUGAGUGGGAAAUGAUUGAUGAGAAAAGAGAGGAGCUGCGGAAGGAAGCUGAAAUUCUAGCUGCAGAGCGGUUAGCUGUUUCCAAAUUUAUCAAAGAUGAACGUGAUAGCCUUAGACUGGAGAGGGAUGUAAUGCGAGAUCAAUUCAAUAAUGAUAUGGAGACACUUUCUCGUGAGCGAGAGGAAUUCUUGGAUAAGAUGACAUGUGAACGUUCUGAGUGGUUGAAAAAAAUGCAGCAAGAACGUAAGGAUCUUCUAAUGGACGUUGAGGCACAGAAGAAGGAGCUUGAGAAUUGUCUUGAGCAGAAGCGUGAAGAAUUAGAAAGCCAUUUGAGGGAAAAACUGAAAAACUUUGAGCAAGAAAAGAAGAGUGAACUGGAAAAAAUUAGCUUCCUUAAGGACAAAGCAACUAAGGAUUUGGAAGAGGCUGCAUUAGAAAUAAAAAAACUUGAAACUGAGAGAAUGGAGAUUAAUUUAGAUCGUGAAAGAAGAAACAGAGAAUGGGCUGAACUAAAUACUUCCAUCGAGGAACUUAAGAUUCAAAGGGAGAAAUUAGAAAAGCAGAGGGAGUUGUUGCAUGCUGACAGGGAGGAAAUUCUUUCUGAGAUUGAACGUCUUAAGAAAUUUGAGGAUCUGAAAGUUGCUUUGGAUAAUAUGGCUGCGGCUGAGAUGAGCCAAUCUGAUUUGACACCUGCUCAGCCUAUUGGUUCUCCAAGAAGACUUCUGAAGCAGCGUGCACUUGUUAGAGAUGCUGAUUUGAAUUCACAGCACCAAACAGAUACUCAAAAGAUUACUAAUGGCUUUGGGACCCCAUCUAUGCCCAAAUUAGAUGGUGAUUCGCAUCCUACUUCCACUCCUUUCUCAUGGAUCAAACGUUGCUCUGAAUUGAUAUUCAAGCAGUCUGCUGAGAGAGAGAGGCCAUCUAGAAGGUAUCGUGAUAAAAAUCUGAUCAGUCAGGCUGACAAAUCAAGCUCAAUUCCUGGACAACUUUUACAGUCUCGGGAGUUUGAAAUGGAUGGGGGUAAUGGGAAGUCCCAAAUGAGUUAUUCUGAAAGACCGGAUCUGAAAUAUGCUAUUGGAGAACCGAAAGUAAUAGUUGAAGUACCCCCAGUAGGCAAGGACAUGAAAGGAGUACCUGUUCUUGAAUCUGAGAUUGUAAAUGAUGCUACAGUGUCUGAUCGUAGGAUUUUGGCUGGAAGGAAAAGGAGGGCUACCAACAUUACUCAUCCUGGUUCCCUAGAACACAUGGACGUAGAACAUAACAAUAAGAAACAGAGACAACAAGAAAUUUCUGUGAACCCUGCAGAAGAUGAUCCUAGUUGCCCUGAAGGAGCAUCAUCCCAAAUGAACGUGCUUGAGAAUCCUAAGGCAUUUGGGUCAUCCACUGAAAACCAAGAAAGUGUCAAGGAGGCUGAAGUUGUUAUCGUAAAUACAGACAUUAACAUCAUUGAAGUUAUGGCUUAUAAACCGAAGAACUCUGACAUACCCAUUGACCAAGAUGCAUCAAACCAUCAGCAAACUAUCGCAGAAAAGUACUGAGGUCCAUGGAAUGUUUCAGCUAUACGCUUAGGAAAUGUUGAACAAGAUGCUGUUUGCUGUCAGGAAAUACACCUCCGCUAAAGCAAUAGAACUGCAGAGAGAUCGUGUUAUAUCCCAAAGGAUAGGGAAAAAAAAAAAAGCCUUGACAUGUCGAGAAAGGAAUGUGCAAAGCGAUGAUCUCAGAAUAUAUCUGUUCACGCUUGUGGAAGUUUUUUGUGGUUUCUCACCCUUCUAAGCUAUAGAGGGGCAUUAUUUUCUAGCAUGCAUAUUCUCAACGUGACUAAUUGCUUGGAAUCAAGAUGUUAAUAGAUAGCUUUAUAGUAGAAAGGGGUUUUAUUAACAUUUCGUGCUUAGUGGUAGUAUGCCUUGAAAUGGUGAGGGUUUGGUCGGGUCAGGUCGUGUAUAUUUGUUUUAUUGACGGUGUGUUUGUUGAAGGAACGAGUUUGUAAACCAUUAUGCUUCUAGAAAAUGGUUUUAUUUCUUCUAUUAGUAUCAUCUAGUAUCAAAGUGUUA